AGGUGACAAAAAAGUGUUCGACGAGAAUCGAUUUCGAAGCAACAGAAGAUGGCCGCUCCUUAUAAAGGUCAAUGGGCCUGCCGUUACACAUGACCUACUAGCUGGCUUUAGCUCCGCCUCCGGCGUCUCUCUUUUCGAUCUCCGGCGAGUUUGAGCCCUCCGAUCAGGAAUUUUCGUGGAUUCUUCUGGUCGUAGCUUGUAAACUCAACCAGAUGUGUCGGCAAAAUUGUGGCGUCAAGUCCUCAGCGGAGGAGGUGGUUUCAGCUGAGGAGCGUCUCUUGAUAUACUGCAAACCCGUCCAAUUAUACAACAUCCUUCACUGCCGCUCUCUGUACAGCCCGUCCUUCCUUCCAAGAUGUUUGAACUACAAAAUUCAAGCAAGGGACAAAAGGAAGUUCAGAUCAGGAAUUGUAGUUUUCAACUAUAAGGAUAGUAGAAACAUAAUACAAAAAACUGAAGUGACUGAGGACUUUUCUUGUCCUUUUUGCUUUAUGCUUUGUGGAAGCUUCAAGGGCCUGCGACUUCAUUUGUCUUCUUCGCAUGACUUAUUUGAUUUUUUCUUCUGGUCAUCAGACGGCUACCAGGCAGUUAAUGUCUCUGUGAAACUCGAUGCGUUGAGAUUCGAGGAGAUAACAAGUGAAGAAGAACGAUUCCAAACAUUCUCUUUUUGCUCAAAACCUCGUAAGCGUAGUCGAAAAGAUGACCAUGAUGUCGAGCCACUUAGCAUGCAAUUUCUCGAGUUGGAGUCACACAAUUUAGCCAGCGACACCAAUAAUGGAAUUCCUCAUCUGGAUGAUGAAAACCGCCCUUCAGGAUAUCCAAACACAAUACAGCUCGGUGGGCUUUUUGGUAUGACUAGCAACAUUGCAAGUACCCCAGCAGCCGUAGCUCACUCUUCUGUGGACUCUGAUGCUAAAUCCAUAUUAACAAGCGAAGCUGUGGUGCCUGCUACUAGGACAAGAAAGUUGGCUACAGAACGAUCUGAGGCUAGAAGCUACAUGCUUCUUCAGAAACGUCAGUUCUACCAUUCUCACAGGGUUCAGCCAAUGGCACUUGCGCAAGUACUGUCUGAUCGUGAUAGCGAGGAUGAAGUUGACGAUGAUAUUGCAGAUCUCGAAGAUCGCCGGAUGCUUGAUGAUUUUGUGGAUGUAAGCAAAGACGAAAAGCGCUUCAUGCAUCUUUGGAACUCGUUCGUGAGAAAACAAAGGGUCAUCGCCGAUGGUCAUGUCCCCUGGGCUUGUGAAGCCUUUUCAAAGCUUCACGGCAAAGAGUUGCUCCGCUGUCCACCUCUCUUCUGGUCAUGGAGACUGUUCAUGGUGAAGCUGUGGAACCACGGUCUUCUGUACGCGUCGACCAUCAACAACUGCAAUCUCAUCCUCGAGAGUUUCCGCAACCAGGAGGGCGAUGCCACCAACAAUGCUGGGGGUUACAACCCCAACAGUGACGAUAACUUCAGCCAAGAACACGGACUUUGAUUUUAUCUUUUAUAUAUUAUAACACAUGUUGCUACUGAACUGAACACAGUUCGUAUAAUUGAUUUCCGACAGAGAAGGAUAUUCAGUAUUCCCCCCCUGGUCAUUGGAAUUUC